AUGAGUGCAUUCGGUGGGCCAGGCGGUGGCCAAAUAAACCAGAAGCCCAUUCCUCCACAACGGGGUAGCUUUCCUUUGGAUCACGAUGGCGAGUGCAAGCAUGUCAUGACUUCAUAUCUUGCUUGCAUGAAAAAGGUUAGGGGAGUUAACGAAAACGAGUGUCGUGAGUUUGCCAAGUCAUACCUGGCUUGUCGAAUGGACCACAACCUGAUGGCUCGAGAUGAGUUCAAGAACUUGGGGUUCCAAGACCCAGUUAAGGAUGGUUCAAAUAAGGGCGACCCAGCGAAGAAGGGCGAGCUGCUUUGGUAA